AUGUCGACUUCAUUGCAACCGACGGUCAGAUCUCGCGUCUCGUGUUUCCAUUGUCGCGACAGUAAGCGACGCUGUGACAAGUCAUUGCCUGCAUGCCAGCUCUGUCGUCGCAAAGACCUAGAAUGUCGCUAUCCCCGGCGGCGCGGUCAGAGGGCCGCUUCACCGAUUGAUAAUGCGCCUAAUAUAGAUGACGCUGCCGCAAGGAGGAGCUCACACAACAGCAAUCAAGAUACGGUCCAAUCCGAAAAGGCAGAAGAGCUGCGCAACGCCAGGGCCAUUCAUUUCCUGGCACCAGUCCUCUUUCGCGAUCUCCAUCUUCAACUGCCACGUAUGGAAUGGGAUAUGCCAGCUGAGAUCGAAGUCCAACUUGGGGGUCGUCAGCAAAUGCAAGCCACUACCAAAGCCUUUCUUCAGUUGACGAGGUCAUGGAUGCUUAUAGUCAACGGGAAGCGCCAUCUAGCCGCCGUCUUGAAUCCGCUGGCCCCGCUACGGCGUCCAACUGCCCUCCUAGCUUUAUGCAUGAAGCUAUGCUGCCUUUCAGUCGAUGAAACAGAAGAAAAGCGCGUGCUAUACGACCUUGUGAAGAAAUUAUAUGCAGAAGUUGAGGCCCAGGAGGACUCGUGCGUUCAAGUCAUGCAGGCGGCGGUCUUCAUUGCAGUCUUCGAGAUGGGCGAUGCAAUCUUCCCGGCUGCUUACCUGACUGUCGGUGCUUUGGCAAGGUAUGGCAUAGCUAUGGGAAUGGACAAGAUCAACCAGGAUGCACUAGGUACGAACUGCGGUGCAGCCAUAGGCGCAUCGUGGGCGGAUAUUGAAGAAUUGAGGAGGGUUUGGUGGGGCACAUUGAUCCUCGAUCGCUUAGUCAACGUGUCUCAACCUUCUCGUGGCUUAAGCACGGCUGAUCCCUCAUUCGAGGACUUUCUCCCCGUUGACGAUGAAGUCUUUUACAAACAAUCGUCUUCGCCCGAAUGUGCCACUCGCAUAUCUGAGGGGUUUACCUUCAAGAUGGGGUCUUUCGCACGGUUAUGUCAAGCCACCCAUCUCAUCAGCAAGUCUCUCGCAUUCUGUCGCGUUGCUUCCAAUAGCAGCGAAACCGUGUCACAGAACAGUCCGCCUGAGGAAGUGAGACAGCUCUGCCGCACACUGGAGUCCCUAGUCCGCGUCAACGAACUCGAAGUGACCAGUCGUCAGCUGGCUUUCUGUAGUCAAAGCUCUGUUUCGCACCUUGGGAUUCUGCUACUGCAGCAGCACUAUUGGCGACGCGCUGGCCACGAGUCGGAACAUGAUUCGACACCUAAUAUCUUCCCAGAAACAAUCUCAGCACUCGAAGCUCUGGAUCGCAUCUCGAAGACCCUACGCGAAGGCGGCUACGACUUAUGGCAACAUCUUGAAGACGGGCGAUGCUCUCUGUUCCUAGUUGAACUGGCCUACCAAGGCAUGCUAGUUUUGUUACGAAUGGGUGAAGUAUGGCUUGCGGAAGACGUUCAGAGCAAGAAGGAAUCUCUAGGCUGGCUUCUCUCGCACGUGGGGAAGCGGUGGCCACUCGUCGUAUACUGGCUGUUGAAGAUGCCUUAA